CAAUGAAACUAUUCGGUGAUGUUUGCCUUCAAAUUGGAGAGCAAUGCCGCCAAAUCGACGACGGGGCAAGAACAAUCCUUUCUUGCACUUGAAAAACAUGAGCAGGAAUUGCUGCAGGGACAAUGGGAUGCAGGUCAAUUCGGCGUUGCAACUGUGAUUGGUUGCAAAGUGUCUUAUUCAAAUCUGGACCAACAAUUUGACCUGUUUCGCACGAAGGACGACAAUUUAUUGGUGCUUGGCGAGUACAGAGCUUCUUUGCACAAAUGCGACAUUUAUUGGAGGAUUCCCGGGGACCCGUCCGAAGAAAUUGUCCACUGGGCCAAACUCGAGAUGACGGACAAAGUUGAAGUUCCAGACAGUGACGACAACCAAGAAACUAACCAUGGAACGGAAAUUUCCACUGGGACUGGCACUUUUUUGCUGGAACAUGAAGUGUCUGCCAUGCAAGCACCGGAGAAAACCAACAUGCAUCCACAAACUGCAAUCGGGGGUGACGACCAAUCUCCUCGGCCAAAGAGGCAAAAAAAAACAAUAGUCAAUGCACCCAAGGAUUUGCCUGGGGACAAUUUUCAAUAUUUUCGACCAGUUUCUGAUGGCCAACAUGGCCACCAAAUUGCCCGUGGUAGUGUGACAUCUGCCUUAAAACCACUGCUUGCUCCACCAGAAGAGAAGCGAACUUGCGCUGUAUGUUGCGCUUUGAUGUAUCCUGCCAUUGAGCUGAAACAUGCUGCUUUAGAACAUUUGGUUUGUGAUGUUUGUGCAUGUCCGGCGCUGGAGGGGAGUGGGCAUGAAUUUUGGGUUUGUGGUGAUGACUUGGACGAACUCAGUUGCUGGACAAAAACUUUGAUGGAAUGCACUGACAUGCCUCCGUCUGAGUCCUCAUGGGCCCGUGAGGCUAACUGUGACGUUGUUUGUUGUACAUAUAGCGUUUGUAUUUCUUGUCUUCAGCUUCCACAUAGCGAUCGGCAGCCUCGCAGGCUGCGAAGGCGACUCGGAGUGGUUUGCUGUAACAUCUGUGUCACAUCAACGGUCUCUGUUUUGUGGCUCAAGCCACUGACGUUUGGCAAGCGUCUUUGGCAAAGUACACUGUGCUGCAGCAAGAUGAUGAAAGUUUCUGUGACAGUAAAGAAUACCUUCGUCCACUGUGCUUUUGAUGAGGAGACUGACGGUACGGAAGUAUCCAGUCGGGGAUGCAGUCGCUCAAAAUCCAUGGAGCGUAUGACGAACCAUGACGACAAGGCUGCGGUGCAGAUGUCGAAGUUGGGGAAGAUCUUGCAAGAUGACAAGGAGGCUGUUCGCAGCGCAAGAGCUCCGAUCUCUGCAUCGCCAAAGGAAGCCGACGUUGAACCAAUGAAAGAUGCUCCGCCACCCAAAGAUGCUUCACCGAAACGUCCUCCAAGCCCCGAACAGUUGAUGCAGCUUCGAGACAAGCUGGACGACAAGCUUGACCGCACGCGCAAGUGGUCGUCGGAGACAGGGAGCACUGCGGUGCCUGGAGAGGACACGGAGAUUCGGCCAAGUUUGUCAAACUCUUCAGUGAGCACUAUGACUUCUUUCGAGGCCAACCGCUCAAGGGCAAGCUCGAAUGACACAUCGAAUGGAUCGAUCAGCACCCAGACGGAUGAGUUCAAACAGGAAACUGUGCAGAUGACCAUGAACAUCGAAGAAGAGCCUUAUCGCCCAAAUCCGUGGCAUUCGACAUGGUCGUAUGGCCAGUACCAUGAAACAGCAAAGUGGAAACCCAAACGCAAUCAUGACUUUGCAAGCAAGCCCAACUAUGCCUACAACAAGAGUCAGAGGUGGGACAGUUGGGGGCAAGAUUCUUCUUCGGGUGAAAGCAUGAUGGGUUCGACUUUCACGACUCCGACGCCAUCUCCAAAGUUCACAAAAGACAUGAUGCACGGCCAGUGGGGCAUGAACAAGGACAAGCGCAACUUGCCAAGGGACAGCCGCCACAACCGGGUGCCCAGAAACGUGAACUUGCAAGAGGAGUACCAAAGCAAGGAGAAGGAGGUGACCACCUUGAUGAUCCGCAACAUCCCGAAUCGCUACACCCAGCGGGAGCUGAUCUCGGAGCUGGAGGACUUGGGCUUUGCCGGUACCUUUGACUUCCUCUACAGCCCCCUGGACAAGGGCACCAUGUCGAAUGUGGGUUAUGCCUUCGUGAACUUCAAGAGCCAUGAGUAUGCCAGCAAGUGCAUUGAAGCCUUUCACAACUAUCGCUUCAAGCGUCAUCGCAAGACGUCUGGCAAGGUGGCGGCCGUAUCAGCUGCUCACCUUCAGGGUCUUGAGGCCAAUUUGGCGCAUUACGAGAAGACCGCGGUGAACACUGCAAAGAUGAAGCAGCGCAGGCCUGUUGUGUUGGCCAACAUCUCCUCAUUGACGGCAUGAAGGAUGAAGGUGGGUGCCACUGGCACCUGGAAUGUGAUGACAGGCUGACAAUCUUGCUCAGAGAGAGAAAAGUGAGAGACGAUUUUAGUGCUGCCGAUGGGGCUGCUGCCACAAAGAUUGAAU